AUGGAGGCAAUAGCUCCAGGCCAAGGAAGUGCUGUGAAGAAGAUUUUUCUGAGGAAGAUGAAAAAUCCACAUGAUCAAAAUGUUGUACAAACAGACUUAGUACAGGGAAACACCAUUAGAAACCGAUUCUACUAUACGAUUGAAGAGAGUACCCUGAGGUACAUCAAGAGAAAGGCAAAUCAGUCUGUUGACUGCGUUAUGGAGGCAAUAGCUCCAGGCCAAGGAAGUGCUGUGAAGAAGAUUUUUCUGAGGAAGAUGAAAAAUCCACAUGAUCAAAAUGUUGUACAAACAGACUUAGUACAGGGAAUCCUUCAACUCUACAAUGCAACAACAGAUAAUAGGAUAAGACGCCAACUUCUAGCUUUGAUAUCCAAACAGCUGAAAGCAUGUGCAGCAUCUAAACGUACAAGCCUGCAUGGACUGGACAAUAUAGCAGCUGAAGGUAGUGAAGGAUAUGAUAAUUUGAUUAAUCUGGUAGAAGAUCUUCACAGGAUGAAUGUUAUAAACUCUGAAGAAUCAAAAGAACUGACCACUUCUAUUACCAGUAGUAUUGAUAUUAAAGAAUACAGUUACAGUGAACCACAGGCUGGAAAAUCUUACUGUGAUUCUAAAAUUGCCCACAUGAGAACGAAGAUGAAAACCUUUGUGGCUUCAGGAAAAGAUGUAAUAACUGCCAAAUAUAUGAAAGUUGCUAUUGAUGAUGGGUCAGGUGUUGUUGGUUGUCAGGUAGCAUAUGUUACAGUUGAUAGUACAAAACAGACAUUAACAUCACACAAAUGGAAAGGUGUGAAUGCCUACACUGAUAUAAAGUAUGAGGAAAAUGUCAUCAGGGUCUACAGAGCACAUAGCAUUGGGACAGGAUCUUUUUUAUCACAUGCUGAAAUUAACAAACUGACAAGUUCUUUUCAAGAAAACACAAAAUUAGUUGUCCUUGAUGAUUUUAGCUUACCUUCUAAGAUAGAUGACAAAAUCAAAGUUCAGUUGAAUGCUGAACAGGAUACUGUUGUACCAACUCAAGAACUUGCUGUUGAGAAUACUGAGACCACAACAGUUGUUAGCAUACCUGAUGCCCAGAUAUUUUCGUGUCCUGAAACUGGAUGUGUGAAAAUAUAUAGAACAUUCAGUGGAUUAGAGGCACAUAUGUUAUUUGGGAAGCAUGCUUUAAAAUUAGAGCGGAUAUCAACAUUUGAUGAAGUAAGAAUACAGUGGGCAUCAAUUUGUAAUGAGGUAUGUGUUACCUUAAAAACACCACUGUGUCAAGGAGGCACAUGCUCAACUAACAUGGGAUAG